AAAACAUAAUAAAUCAUUUACAAUAUUUACGCGCGAAGUUUUUUAGAUGUUAAUUAAUAGGAUAAGAUAGCUAUUGAUUAAUGAAAAACACUGUUCAAUAAAUACUUAACAACAUAGUUCUGCAAAUAAGAAAGAAGUCUUAAAAUAAAGUAUCACAAAUCAAAAUGACGGUUGGUGAAGGCACAGUAAAUUUACCAUGGGUAGAAAAAUAUAGACCGUCAAAAUUAGAAGACCUCGUCUCCCAUGACGAUAUUAUUAAAACAAUUAGUCAAUUUAUGAAUCAAAAUCAGCUCCCUCACUUACUUUUCUAUGGACCACCAGGAACUGGCAAGACUUCCACAAUAUUGGCAUGUGCUAAACAGUUGUAUACACCUCAACAGUUCAAUUCUAUGGUGUUAGAGCUGAAUGCAUCUGAUGAUAGAGGUAUAGGCAUUGUCAGAGGACAAAUACUGAGUUUUGCAUCCACAAGGACCAUAUUUAAAGCUGGACCAAAAUUGAUCAUCCUUGAUGAAGCUGACGCAAUGACCAAUGAUGCCCAGAAUGCUUUGAGAAGAAUAAUCGAAAAGUACACGGAGAAUGUGAGGUUUUGUAUAAUCUGCAAUUACCUUGGCAAGAUCAUACCAGCGCUUCAGUCGCGCUGCACUCGCUUCAGAUUCGCGCCGCUGCAGCAGAACCAGAUAGUGCCGCGAUUACAGGAGAUCAUUGAUAAGGAGAAUGUAAAGGUAUCGGAUGACGGUAUAAAAGCCUUGCUAACGCUCUCUGGCGGUGACAUGCGCAAAGUGCUGAACACGCUACAGAGCACGUGGCUCGCCUACCGUGACGUCACAGAGGACAAUGUGUACACGUGUGUUGGUCACCCGCUGCGCUCCGACAUCAACAGUAUACUCAAUUGGCUGCUCAAUGAACACGACUUUGCGACUAUCUUUAAGAAUAUACAGGAUUUAAAAAUCUUAAAAGGAUUGGCGCUUGGUGACAUUCUCACAGAAAUACAUACUAUUAUUCAAAGAUUGAAGCUACCCCCGGAAGUUUUGAUAUCGUUGCUAAUAAAGAUGGCGGAAAGUGAAGUGCGCCUGUCUAGCGGUUGUAGCGAGCGGAUAGAGCUGGCAGCACUCAUCGCAGCAUUUCAAGAAGCGCGGGAAAAUGUUAAUAUAGAAGAGCUGGUUGCGUGACUUACCCCUGCUACUGCUUCAGUGUUAAUAAAUGUUUUGAAUUAAGAA